UCUCUUCUACUCACUUGCGCUUGAGUUGAUAUCCUCUUCGUUUUGUUCUCUCCAAUGGACAUCCCCUCAGUUGUUCACAGUUUAUCUCUAGUAACCAUUGUGUAUGCAUUACUUCUCCUUAUUCCAAUUGUUAUUGUGACAAUUCUCAUAGGAAUUCGCUUGAUGACUUAUGACGCUGUGCCGAUAAUUUCUAGGUUCGACAGUGAAAAAUAUUACAAGGAUCCAAACAAAAACAAUGCCACUUAUCCCUUCCCAAUCAUGGAGGAGGCAGGCUCCAUUGAUCUUUCGGUGAUCGUGCCUUCGUACAACGAAGAGGAACGACUGCCUACUAUGUUGGAUGAAACAUUUGAAUAUCUGGAAAGUGAAAAGAGGAAGAAGCCAUCUUUUACAUAUGAAAUUAUAGUAGUGGAUGAUGGGAGCAGAGAUGCAACAUCUAAGGUGGCUCUGGAAUAUUCAAGGAAGUAUGGUGUUCACCAAAUGCGUGUUUUGACACUGGAAAAGAACAGGGGCAAAGGAGGAGCAGUCAGAUUGGGCAUGUUCAGCUCUAGAGGUAGGCGGCUUCUGAUGGCUGAUGCAGAUGGUGCCAGUAAAUUUGCUGACUUGGCAAAAUUAGAGAAAGCUUUAGAUGACCUGAAUGGAAAGAAGGGAAACACGGCUGUGAUAGUCUGUGGUUCUCGUGCUCACCUACAGGAUGAAGCUGUUGCACAACGCACUUUCUUUAGGAAUAUUCUUAUGUAUGGCUUUCACUUUCUGGUGUGGUUCCUGUGCGUACGAGGAAUCAGAGAUACUCAGUGCGGAUUCAAGCUUUUCACCAGACCAGCGGCAUUACUGACUUUUUCUGCUCUCCACGUUGAGCGGUGGGCCUUUGAUGUAGAACUUCUGUACAUUGCACAGAAGCUGAAGAUCACUUUAGCAGAAGUAGCCGUCAACUGGACGGAAAUUGAAGGUUCAAAGAUGAUCCCAGUGUGGAGCUGGCUUCAAAUGGGCAAAGAUCUGCUCAUGAUCAGUUUAAGAUAUGUGGUUGGUGCUUGGAGGAUCGAACCAAUUAAGCUGAAAAGCCAAUAAAACUUUUAGCUUCUCUUCAA